AUGGACCAAGAUCGAUCCGUGAAGAUGUCCACCAUGCAGGCUGCCAACCGAUUGUGGCAAGCUUUGAAAAAAGGAGGCCCAACCUUUGGAGCCUGGCAGAUGCUACCGGGCUCAAACAAUUCACGCGCUAUGGCGAGGACAGGCAUCGACUGGAUAGUUGUAGACACAGAGCACGGAAAUGUUGACGACGGUCAAAUGCAUGAGGCCGUGGCCGCCAUUGCAGCAUGCGGUGUUUCUCCUGUCGUGCGCAUCGCUGCCAACGAAGGCUGGAUGGUAAAGCGAGCACUAGAUUCUGGAGCUCACGGCAUUGUUGUUCCAUUGAUAUAUACUCCAGCGGAUGUCUCGAGAUUGGUGGCAUCUGCUAAAUUCCCACCACGGGGCAAUCGGGGAUUUGGAAGUCCCUUCCCCAUGGAGAAGUUUGAUCCUUCGCUUACCACCGCGGAGUAUCUGCAACAGGCAAACGAUGCCCUUAUCACCAUUGUACAGAUAGAGACAAAAGAAGCGUUGGAGAAUGUAGAUGCCAUAGCGGCUAUUGACGGUGUCGACGUGCUCCUUGUUGGGCCGUUCGAUCUGGGGAACAACAUUGGAUACCCGAUACUUGACGGGACCAUGCACACAUAUCUCGUGCGAGCUAUCGACAGGAUUCUAGAGGCUGCCACGAAGCAUGGAAAACGAACAGGCAUCUACUGCACGAGUGGAGAGCAGUCCAGGCACUUCGCAGAGAAAGGCUUCAACAUGGUGAGCAUCGCAGCUGAUAUGAUCGCCUUACCUGCCUACUUGACGUCCACCCUCAAAAUUGCCAAAGGCGAGAGUGGUGCAGCAGAGAAGGUCACCGGUCCAUAUGGUCGAUAA